CCAUAAGGCCUCCAAUUUAUGUGGCCGCUGGUUCCUGCCACGAGCCACAUCCCCGAGUGUGACAAAGGAAGGAACAGCACUCCCCCUCUCUCCAAACCGCCCCCACCCCCGUGUCCCAGCCUCCAGCUGCCAUGCGCUCACAUCACGAGGAAGCAAGGAAGUCUUGUUCCAGGGUUCAGACCCUGGAGAAGACAGUCCAGUCCCCGUUCCCCAAAGACCCAGCCACCUCACCCUCGCCCCUGGCCGCCUCCUGGAACCCCGGCUGCACACACGUGUUCGGUUAUGUGUUUGGGCAUGUGUCUGAGAACCAUCUAGACCAUCUCCCAUCUCAACAGGUUUUGGACACAGGGGAGCAGCUGAUGGUUCCUGUGGAAGUCUUGGAGGUGGCCAAUGAGGGAGCCUUGUGGAAGUUUCUGCUCUCGGGAGCCAUGGCUGGGGCGGUGUCCCGCACGGGCACAGCCCCUCUGGACCGCGCCAAGGUGUACAUGCAGGUCUACUCAUCCAAGACGAACCUGAUGAACCUGCUGGGGGGGCUACGCAGUAUGGUUCAGGAGGGGGGCGUCCGCUCCCUGUGGCGUGGCAAUGGCAUCAACGUGCUCAAAAUUGCCCCCGAGUACGCCAUCAAGUUCUCCGUCUUCGAACAGUGCAAGAAUUACUUCUGCGGAGUGCACGGCUCCCCGCCCUUCCAGGAGCGCCUGCUGGCUGGCUCCCUGGCCGUGGCCAUCUCCCAGACGCUCAUCAACCCCAUGGAGGGGUUGGUUAUACCCACAACGCCACAACGCCGGACCCCAAGACUCCACGUUUUAGAGCAGUUUGGGGUUUACCGGAACAGGAGGCAGAAAGCGUCCCCACAGUCCUCCGUGGGGACACACACAGUCUCCUGCAGCGGUACUGAAGACACGGCUGACCCUGCGGCGGACUGGCCAGUACCAGGGGCUGCUAGACUGCGCCCAGCAGAUCCUGCGGCGGGAAGGCACACUCGCCCUGUACCGCGGCUACCUGCCCAAUAUGCUGGGCAUAAUUCCCUAUGCGUGCACGGACCUGGCUGUCUACGAGCUGCUCCAAUGCUUGUGGCUAAAGUCAGGCAGGGACAUGGAAGACCCCAGUGGCUUGGUCAGUCUGUCGUCCGUCACGCUGUCCACCACCUGUGGCCAAAUGGCCAGCUACCCGCUGACCUUGCUGCGUACCCGGAUGCAGGCGCAAGACAUCGUGGAAGGUUCCAAGCCCACCAUGGGUAGGGUCUUCCGGUGGAUUCUGGCCCAGCAGGGCUGGCCAGGCCUGUACCGGGGCAUGACCCCCACGCUCCUGAAGGUGUUGCCUGCGGGAGGCAUCAGCUACGUGGUGUACGAAGCCAUGAAGAAGACCCUGGGCGUGUAGGCCAAC